AUGGGUAGCACAGAGCAAGCAAACGAAAUCAAGGAGAAGAAGCUCAAGAAUGUGAUGCGCGAGCUGAAGAUUCAAAAGCUUUGCCUCAACAUCUGCGUCGGCGAGUCGGGUGAUCGUUUGACACGAGCAGCUAAGGUGCUUGAGCAAUUGACCGGACAAACUCCCGUUUUCUCGAAGGCCCGUUACACUGUGCGCUCGUUCAGCAUCCGUAGAAAUGAGAAGAUCGCCGUACACUGCACUGUUCGUGGACCCAAAGCCGAGGAAAUUCUUGAACGUGGACUUAAGGUGAAGGAAUACGAAUUGUACCGCGAAAACUUCUCUGAAUCCGGCAACUUUGGCUUUGGCAUCCAAGAGCACAUCGACUUGGGAAUCAAAUACGACCCAGGAAUUGGAAUUUACGGAAUGGACUUCUACGUUGUUCUUGAUCGUGCUGGACGUCGUGUGGCUAAGAGAAGACGUGCCCCUGGACGUGUUGGACCAUCACAUCGUGUUGGCCGAGACGAAUCCGUCAAAUGGUUCCAAUCAAAGUAUGACGGUAUUAUCUUGCCUCCAAAGCCCAAGGAGAAGAAACGUGGAUUCCAUGGACGAAGAAAG